CAGGACCUAUUUUUUUUGCUGAUAGUCUUGGCAGCUGGAGCUCUGUUGGUGCUGAAAGCCGGUAACGAGGAGUCCAAAAGGCGGGUCCUCGCAGAGGCUGCUUCCUCAAAAGGAUGGCGCGUUUCUCCGGCGACGACGAGGCGGUGCUGCAGGCGAUGCUGAGGCAGUUGUUCCAGAGCGUGAAGGAGAAAAUCAGGGGUGCGCCCUCCCUGGAGUGCGCCGAGGAGAUCCUCUUACAUCUGGAGGAAACUGAUGAAAAUUUUCACAACUACGAAUUUGUGAAAUACCUUAGACAGCAUAUAUGCGACACUUUGGGGUCUAUGAUUGAAGAAGAAAUGGAAAAGUGGACAUCUGAUCAGAGUCAGGGUGAGGAAUCUGGCUAUGACACAGUUGUACAGCAAGUCACUAAGAGAACUCAGGAGUCUAAAGAAUACAAAGAAAUGAUGCAUUCCCUGAAGAACAUCAUGAUGGUAGUGGUGGAAUCCAUGAUUAACAAGUUUGAAGAAGAUGAGAUACGAAGUCAAGAAAGGCAGAAAAAAAUGCAAAAGGAGAAAAACAAUAGUUACUGCACAGACAAUUGCUCUGAUAGCGAUGCGUCAUUCAAUCAGAGUUACAAAUUUUGUCAAGGAAAAUUACAAUUGAUUUUAGACCAGUUGGAUCCUGGGCAACCUAAAGAGGUGAGAUAUGAAGCCUUGCAAAUGUUAUGUUCAGCUCCGCCAUCUGAUGUACUGAACUGCGAAAAUUGGACCACUCUCUGUGAGAAACUGACAAUGUGUCUUUCAGAUCCUGAUCCUGUGUUUAAUGACCGGAUUUUAAAAUUCUAUGCACAGACAUUUACACUUUCACCAUUACAUAUGACGAAGGAAAUUUAUACGAGCUUGGCCAAAUAUUUGGAGUUAUACUUUCUUUCCAGAGAAAAUCAUAGUCCUACUCUUUCAACUGGUGUUGAUAUAACUAAUCCUAAUGUUAUCCGCUUGCUUAAAAAGGUUCGUCUUCUAAAUGAAUAUCAGAAGGAGGCUCCAUCUUUCUGGAUUCGUCACCCAGAGAAGUAUAUGGAAGAAAUUGUGGAAAGUACUUUGUCCUUAUUAUCAGUUAAACAUGAUCAAAGCCAUCUUGUCUUACAAAAGAUUUUGGAUCCAAUCUACUUUCUUGCAUUGGUUGAUACCAAGGCUGUGUGGUUCAAAAAGUGGAUGCAUGCAUAUUAUAGCAGAACUGCGGUACUAAGACUUCUUGAAAAGAAAUAUAAGUCUCUGGUAACUGCGGCAGUCCAGCAAUGUGUUCAGUAUUUUGAGUUGUGUGAGACCAUGAAAGUUGAUGAGUUUUUGGGACAUUCAAAGCAUUGUGGAAACAAACAGAAAACUUUCUACUACUCAGGACAAGAAUUACAAUAUAUUUAUUUCAUUCACUCGCUGUGCCUUUUAGGAAGAUUAUUGAUCUACACACAAGGCAGAAAGCUAUUUCCUAUAAAGCUGAAGAAUAGAAAAGAUUCAAUAUCCCUUACAGAUCUUCUGGUUCUGUUUACCCAACUUAUCUAUUACUCACCGACUUCUCCAAAGAUGACAGCGGCACAUUUAGAGAAUUACUCUCCUGCAUCUGUGGUUACUGAAAUUCUGCGGAUACUCUGUGAUCAAAAAGAAUGUGCUAUUGAAUGCUUAUAUAGCAGCAGUGUGAUUGAGGCACUUCUUCAACCUAUUUAUGCUUUAAUGAAACGAACUAAGGUUGUUCCAAAUUGCUCUGAAACAGCAUUAAUUCACAUAGCUGAUAUUUUGGCAAGAAUUGCAUCUGUAGAAGAAGGACUUAUCUUACUUCUUUAUGGAGAAAAUAUGAACUCUUCUGAAGAAAAAAGUCCUACAGGUGCUCAUAUAAUUGCCCAGUUUUCGAAAAAACUUCUAGAUGAAGAUAUUUGUAUUUUUUCUGGAUCGGAAAUGUUGCCUGUGGUUAAAGGAGCUUUCAUUUCCGUGUGUCGUCAAAUAUAUAGUACAUGUGAAGGCUUGCAGGUGUUACUUCCUUAUAAUUUGCAUGAAUCUAUAGCAAAGGCAUGGAAGAAGACAAGUUUGCUAUCAGAAAGAAUUCCUACUCCAGUGGUGGGUUCAGAUUCUAUUUCUUCGAUAAACCUGGAAUCCCCAAACAUUAUGGCUUGGGAAGAGAAUGUGUUAGAUGACUUACUAAAUUUUGCUGCCACCCCCAAAGGACUACUACUUCUUCAAAAGACGGGAGCCAUCAAUGAAUGUGUGACAUUUAUGUUCACCCAAUAUGCAAAAAAAUUACAGAUCAGCAGACACCAAAAGUUUGGCUAUGGAGUUUUGGUUACACAAGUGGCAUCAACAGCAGCUGGUGCAGUAGCACUACAAAAUUCAGGGUUUAUUAAUGCACUUAUAACUGAAUUAUGGGCCAAUCUGGAAUGUGGAAGAGAUGAUGUUAGAGUAACCCAUCCCAGAUCUACACCAGUGGAUCCUAUUGACCGAAGCUGUCAAAAGUCUUUUCUAGCACUGGUGAACUUGUUAUCUUAUCCUGCUGUUUAUGAGCUGGUAGGCAAUCAAGAUCUUCCUAAUAAAGCAGAAUAUUCUCUUCGUGAAGUCCCAACGUAUGUUAUUGAUAUUAUUGAUAGACUUAUAAUUCUGAAUUCUGAAGCUAAGAUUCGUUCUUUAUUCGACUAUGAACAAUCACACAUGUUUGGACUGAGGUUAUUAAGCGUGGUAUGCUGUGAUCUGGACACUCUGCUCCUAUUAGAGGCUCAGUAUCAAGUAUCGGAAAUGCUACUAAAUGCUCAAGAAGAAAAUAUCUUAGAGACCUCUGAGAGCCAGAGAGAUUUUAUAAUUGACGGCUUAUCGGUAGAAAGAAAUCAUGUUCUUGUUAGAAUAAAUCUUACUGGUGGGCCAAUGGAACGGAUUUUGCCACCAAGGAUACUGGAGAAGGGUGAUGAUCCAUAUCCUUGGCCAAUGUUUUCAUCAUAUCCUUUGCCAAACUGCUAUCUGUCGGAAGUUACAAGAAAUGCUGAUGUAAGACAAGACAGUGAUCUUGGCAAACUUUUAUUACAUUUGAAAAUGUCUGAUAAGCAAACUGAGUGGAUAGAAAACUGCCGAAGACAAUUUUGCAAGCUGAUGAAGGCCAAACCCGAUCUAAUCAGCGGAGGUGCUUUAGUAGAGUUACUUGAAAAAUUUGUGCUUCAUCUCUCUGAAAGUCCAUCUGAAUGCUACUUCCCCUCGGUGGAAUAUACAGCCACUGAUGCAAAUGUGAAGAACGAAAGUCUUUCAUCUAUGAAGCAGCUUGGCGUUAAAAUGACUGUCAGGUAUGGCAAGUUCCUUAACCUGUUAAAAGACAGUGCGGAGAAUGAUCUCACCUUGGUGUUAAAGCACUGUGAGAGAUUCCUGAAACAGCAGCAGGCGCCCGUAAGGUCUUCUCUUCGCUGCCUGCAGGGGACUUACGCUGGCCAUGACUGGUUUGUGUCUUCUUUGUUCAUGAUAAUGUUGGGAAACAAGGAGAAAACAUUCCGAUUUCUUCAGCAGUUCUCCAGGCUUCUGACCUCUGCUUUCCUUUGGUUGCCAAGACUACAUAUUUCUAGGUACCUACCUAAUGAGACUAUAAAAUCUGGCAUCCAUCCGAUAUAUUUUUGCAGCACUCACUACAUUGAAAUGCUACUGAAGGCGGAGGUACCCCUUGUGUUUUCAGCUUUUCACAUGUCUGGUUUUGCACCAUCACAAAUUUGCCUGCAAUGGAUAACUCAGUGUUUUUGGAACUAUUUGGAUUGGAUAGAAAUCUGCCAUUAUAUUACUACUUGUGUUUUCCUUGGUCCUGAUUAUCAAGUAUAUAUCUGUAUAGCUAUAUUCAAACAUCUACAACAAGACAUUCUACAGCACACUCAGAUUCAAGAUCUGCAGGUGUUCCUAAAGGAAGAAGCCCUGCGUGGAUUUCGAGUGAGUGAUUACUUUGAAUACAUGGAAAUUUUGGAACAAAACUACCGACCAGUGCUGCUAAGAGACAUGCGGAACAUUAGAGUUCAAAACGUGUAGAUCAUGGAGGACACAGUUUAAUUUCAUGUCUUCUUUAUUUUUAAAGGAAACAAAGGGACUUGAUUGUUUUCCAUCUGUGUCCGUAACAACAUAUACUUUGUGAAUACACAUGCUGUAAACCAAUCCUGAGAGUUUUUGAAUAUAAUAUAUUCAAGUAGGUUUUAGCUCAGUUUAUGACAUGAAGUGAAUUCAUUUUUGUAAGUUCGUUGUUUUGUAAGCUUGCUAUAGAGUCAGAUCUAGCUUACUUAUGAUUCUUAAUGUUUAAAAGCUAGUCCAGCCUACGUCUCCCCUUCACUGGGUGAUUAAAAUAUUUUUUCCAGUGAGUUUGGAAAGAAGCAGCAAUCUUGUAAAUAACUGUUUGACUAGCCAGAGACAGUCUGUAGAGAUGAGCAAAAACCAACUGUUUUCUUCAUCUUUUAUUCUACACAUUUAAAGAAAAAUAGAACCACAACUGCUUAUUUUACAUGUGGAGGACAAAUGACACUUACCGUGGCAAAUGGAAGGAAAACUAUGUCCUCAGACAUAACUGUUUUUCUAAGAAUUGCUAUUGAUACUAUAUCAGUUUAUAAUUUUUCAUGUGACAUAGACUCUGCACGGUUCAUUGCAAAGAUAGGCUGGUUAUUGCACCCGGAUGAGCAUUUGACUCUCAUUUGUUCUAUAUUUGCUUUGGUGAUUGGUUUGAUUUGUACUGAACUUGAAAACAUUAAGGAUAAUACAUUUCCAAGUUAUUUUAAAUGACUAACACUAUGUUUUCUUUUAUUUAAAUAGAAGUCUUUGCUCCAGUGAGAUUAGUAUAAUAUGUGAGGGUCUAUUUUCUUAUACUAUAACUGUCGCAUUUAGUAUAUGAAAGAUAAUACACAAAAAUAUUAAAUUGUUAAUUUUUCUGUCAGCAGUUUCAGCAGGUCUUUUAAAUUAUAGGUAGAGGUCCUUUUGUACUCAUUGCUUAUAUUUAAAUAUAAAUUGGCCACCAUUAAAACCAUUCUGAAGCAUUUUUCCUUUUCAACCAAAAAUGGUUCAUCUGCAAACUUAUUUUUUCUUACACUAUGAUAAAACAACUGGUACCGUGCAGUUUUCAAUUUUGUGAUAUUUAGCCUAUUGCAAUAUCAGCCUUCCAGAAUCAGGUUUUAUGCUGUUAAUGCCAACAAUAGCUUCUCAGUAAUGGUGUUCCUAAAGGGCAUUGAAAAAGUUGAGAAAAGAAAAUUGAGCAAAUUAAUUUGACAUAUUGCUCACUUUAGCUCUGGCUGAUGUGAGUUAAAUAAGAGAGUCCUAGGUGACCCAAAACACCAAGCUUUGUCUACUUUCAAACUGAAUUUUGAAAAGCUGUUCCACAGAACCUGUAAUCCAUGUUUAUGGUUCCGUUUAUUCCCGUUCUCCUCCUGAGUUAUUGUUAUUGGUCCUAAGAAACUUGCAGCUUUAUUUCUUUUUAAAAGCUCUUACGCGGUAAUUGGAAAUACAAAUGGAGAAGGAACUAUAACUUAAUUUUUAUAAUGUUCAUUGGUGAUUUUGAUUGGAAAUUGAAGUCAAAUCUAGAUAAUAACAAUUACAUUUUGGACAGGUGACUUCAGCUAGAGCCAGGCACCUUUCAUUUUCAUUUGAUAAAUGUCCUAUGAACCGUGACCUAGCAAUUUGUUUGGUGAAAUAAAAUGUAAAAUACAGUAGUCUGUGUAGCUUCCAUUGUGAAUUUUUGUACCAAUUUUUAAGAAUACUCUUUAGAAUAGAAAUAAAUUCAGCCAACUCUUGCUUUUCCAUUUUGUUUUAAAUAUUUAAGUGUAAGACCUUAAGACAGACUUUAUUUCUGAUCUGUGAAGGGUUACCUCGUACAUUUUACAGGAUUCAUUGUAAUAAACUAUAUUUUAUAAUACAAUGUAAACGAAUUUGUGAGAAAUUUAAGUACUCAUAUAUAAAUCUUUGAAUAUCUGUUUUCAAAUUUUCAUCUUUGUAGUUUUGUCCCCUCGUGAUAUAUAAGCAUCUAAAGAAUCUGUGAAGGUAAAGUAAGUGUCAGAAAUUCAUCUAAACUUCUUAAUAGGAUUCUACCUAAAUCUAUGAUUCUUAAAUUAUAGUCUGCUCUAGUUUGUUUUUCCAGCUCCUGGAUGUUAAAGAAAUUUCUUUGGUCAUUCAUUAAAUAGACAUGUUUUGAGGAUUACACAUAUAAGGAAAUAUUUUUAAUAUUCAGGAUAGGAUAAAUGAGAUACAGCGCCCCACUCAAAGAGUCCACAGUCUUGAUGGAGAGAAGAAUAAUUUUAAAACUGUGAAAAUACAGUUAUAAAUAUGACAAGUGAGAAUUGACCUCUGGAUUUGAUGACUUUGGUAAGAGCAGUUUUGAUGGAGUAGUGAGGGCAAGAGUUUGGUUGGGGUGGGUUUAAAUGAUCCUGAGAGGAAAGAUUUUGGAAACUGCUCUUUCUAGAAGGAUUGUUGUACUUCUGGAAGGAAGAGACAUGGGAUCAAGAGUGUUUAAGAUGGGAAAUGGAAGCAUGUUUUUAUGUGGGUGCAAAUAAGUCAAUAGAGCGGAAAAGCUGACACUGCUGCCGAGAGAAUGCUGCAGUGAAUGUCAGGAGUAGAUGGCGGCGGACUGAGAUCUUGUGAGUAAGUUUCGGAAUUAGCCUUUGCCUGGACAUGGACAGUUCACUGAGAGUAACAGAAGAAGAGACAGUGUAAACGGGCACUGGCACAGGAUGGACAUUUCUGGAAAUUGUUUUCUCAGUGAAAUAGGAAACAAAGUCAUCAGCUAAGAGUUAGGAUGGUAAAACUGGUAAGUUUUAUGAGAUCAGAGUAAGUGAAAUAGCUAUCAAGGAUGGUGGAAGAGUGAAUGAAAUAGGAAAAUAUACAGAUCUUCCUCAACUUAUUAUGGGGUUAUGUCCUGAUAAACCCAUCGUAAGUUGAGAAUAUUGGAAGUCGAAAAUGCAUUUAAUACACCUCCUGAACAUCAUAGCUUAGCCUAGCCUACUGUAAACAUGCCCCGAACACUUAUAUUAGCCUACAGCUGGGCAAAAUCAUCUAACAGAAAGCCUAUUUAGAAUGAAGUGGUGAAUAUCUCAUGUGACUUCUUGACUUCUGUACUGAAAGUGAAAAACAGAAUGGUUGCAUGAGUACACAUGGUUCCAAGUGUAUCAGUUGUUUCUCGUCGUGAUCACGUGGCUGACGGGGAGCUGUGACUUGGUUCUGCUGGCCAGCAUCACAACAGAAGGUUGCACCGCAUAUUGCUAGCCUGGGAAAAGAUAAACAUUUAGAAUUCAAAGUACAGUUUCUACUGAAUGCCUGUCGUUUUCACACUGUUAUAAAGUUGACAAAUCAUGUCAAAUCAUUUUAAGUCAAAAACUUUCUGCAGUAUAAUUGUGAUUUAAUGGUCAUGAGAUGAGUUAGCAAAGUUGCCUGUUUUUUCUCCAGCCAUGUUUCACUGUGAAGGGGGCAGGUAAAGAAGGGUAGUGAAUUGAGUUUAACCAGAGUUUUAGUUUAGACAAGAGAGUAUGACUAAGCAAGGAAAGCACAAGGGAGUUGAUGGUAUUUGCAAGCAAAUUAUUAUAAUAUUGUGACCAUGGUAGUUAAACUAGAUCAGAAAGAAGUGGAAGGGCCCCGUGGCUGAGUGGUUAAGUUUCUGUGUUCCACUUUGGUGGCCCAGGGUCUCUCCAGUUCGGAUCCUGGGCAUGGACCUAGCACCACUCAUCAUGCCAUGCU